UACAUGUGUGUGUGGGUCUGUGUGUGUCUGUGUGUGUGUACUUCUGAUAUCACACAAACACACCAUCACCUGAUAACACUUGUAGUACUUGGCCGGAGCUCAUAUCCAGAGAUAAGAGAGUUACAGAAGUGACUUGUUGUCACCGUGUUGUCUUUAUCAUAUGCAGAAAAAAAUUCAGGGUGAGUCCGAUCCGUAGACCGAACUUCUGGAUGUGAAUUCUGUAGGAAGUUCUUCAGGAACAGGUAGGUUUGUUAUUAUUAUUAUUAUUAUUAUUAUUAUUAUAAAAAAAAAUCCUUUGACUGAUGAAAUCUUUUUUGUGAUAUGCAAAUUAGCACAAUGCAUGUUAAUCAUUUUCCCAUUUCAUUUUGUCUCAUUUCCAUAUUUACAAUAAUUUUUUUUACAAGGAAAUUCUAAUAUAUUGGAUGAAAUCUGAUCCUGUGGUAAGAAAGUUUCGUUAGGAUUUUUGAUUUUUAAUAUCUUAAGUAGUGAGUAGUUUAUUCAAGCAACUAUGCAGUGUUUUUAAAUAAUUCAACACAUUUUGUUAAACUGUGAUGUGAAAGCCUGACUAUUUGGUUUGUUGUUUAAAUUUAAAACACACUCUGAGUGAAAUCUGUUUGUAAUUUUUUUGCGAUAUGCAAAUUAUCACAUACGUAAUAGUCGAUUGUUUUGUGAGUCUUAUUUAAAAACUUUGUGAAAAGAAAAUGAGUAGUGAGUAGUUUAUUCAAGAAACUAUGCACAAUAUAGAAAUACGUAUGUAAACUGUUUUUAAAUAAUUCAACACAACAGUUUGUUAAACUGUGAUGCGAAUGCGUGACUAUUAGAUUUGUUGUUACAAUUUUUACUUUACUUUUUCAUACUUUCUUUAUUUUCUCAUUUUCAUGAUGGGCAAAUUAGGACAUAUUUAACAAACAUUGUUUUUUCUUCUUGUAUUGUUUUAAGUUCUAUACUUUUAAAUUUUAAAGGAUGCAUGUUUUAGAGAGGUGUUUGGGAUGAGAAAUAUUCCUUUACCAUAUUCUGCAGUCAUUCCCAAGAUAUCUGAUCUUAGUUUAGGCAAAAGUAGGCAUAAGUUUUGUCCUAACAGGAUUAUAACAAACUGUCUUGUGCAGGAAAGCUGUAUCCUGGUCUGUAAGAAGAGAUUAUACUUUUCAACAUCUCAGGAGAAAAUCAGUGAAUGAGUUCAGAAGCAAAUACCUUUUAUUUCUCCUUCCACCUAAAUGGAAAGAAGUGCAUUUUAAAAGUGUGAUGUAUGAUAUUUACCCAGCUAAGGAAUCUCUAAGAAUAAGAUUUAAUGUCAAAAUUCAUGCCAUAAUCGUAAUAAUAAUAAUCAUAAUCGUAAUAAUAAUAUAUAAUGAUCGUAAUAAUGACAUAGAAACAUUUAUAUAAUCGUUAUCAUAAUAAUGAUAGAGAAACUGUUGAACGUUUAUUUAUUUAAUUUUUAAAGUAAUUUGGUUAAUCCACUUUGUAUUGAUUUAUAUAUUUGGAUGAAACAAACAAUAUUUCUAUUUUACCUGUAAUGAGAUGUAAUGUGGUGAAAUCUGGAGUAGUUUUAGAGGCUGAAAGUGUAAACUUUGUUAUAAACUGUUUAGUUCUUUUGUUAGAAUAAUUUUCACAACUGAGACUUUAUGUCUUUAAAAAGGAGCUAUCUUUAUAUACAGAGGCUUUGAGGGGAUGAUGGGAAAUGAUAAUGCCAGGAAAUGAUUUGAUUAGUUUCACCCUUUACAGUAUAUUGUUGUAAUUUUAUUAUAAAUAUAUUUUCUGUGUGUUGAUUGUGUUGUAGUGAGUGUGUAGCUGUUGUAAUCACUGUAAGUCAGUCAGUAAUUACUUACAUUUGCACAUGUGUUAGUCUUUAAUGUUCUGUUCAAGUCUGAAUGCAGUAAAUAGAUCAAUAAAUUGAUAAAUAAAUAACUAACUGGAGGUGUAAUGGAGGGAUUCCGGGGCGGACUGACCGACACUCACGCGCCCAGACCGGCCAGGGGGCGUGCCGGGGCUGCCGGGAAACACUUGGACCGAACACAAGAAACUAAGAAGUCUCUGUUUUCACACACACACAAAUGACCUCAUGUUUUAUUUCAGAGAAAAGUCGCCAUUAUCUCAGCGGCUGCACACUUCCGCUUCCUCACGCCAUGACAGGAAGCGCGAGCCGUGCAGGCGCGAGCCGCUUAAACAACAGAUUUAUUAUUUAUUCAAUCAUUCAUUCUUUUUAUUGAAACACAGAGUAUGAUUUAAAACACUGUCCACCACUUCAGCACUACAGUGACAACUCUGAACAGUCGUGUGGUGUGUGUCGUUUCUAAAUUCAAGUCCGACGACGAGACAAAAAUAGCCACAAACGGCUCAUCUCUGCCGCAAUGGCGCCUCGCCGGAAACACCAAACAUGGUCACAAGUGGCACGCAGAGCGCGCGCGCUGCGCUCUGAUUGGCUGCCGUGCGCCGCGUCUUGUGAUUGGCUCGCGUGCGUCUUGUUGCUGCAGCACUUUGUGCUUCUCCAUCAUGCAGUGUGUUAAAAAAAUACAGAAAAAUGAUAGCAAUAAUCAUUUAUAUUCCGCAUCCUGAGCCGAUUAAAUGACUCAAAGCACCAAAGGAACAACAUAAUCUAUAUUUUUAUUUAAAAAGAAGUAUUCUAAUUAUAAUUUUGUGAUGAAUAUAAAGGUUUAAGGCACACAUAUCUGACCUGUAUGCAUUAUUAUGAGUGAAUAAUGCAGUAAAAUUCUGAAUAUAUGUCACUAACUGUGAAAUAUUGACUUAGUAUGAAUGCCUGGUUGUCUAUUAAAGCACAUGCAUGUGGCCUGUAUGUCAUUUUUUUUAAAAAUUAUUAUAACUGUAAUAGAAUAAAAGACACAGCUGUACUGAUACUGAGGUGUCUUUACAAAUAAAAGCAAGCUAGUAAUGUGCACAUGUGCAUCUAUGAUGUAAUUUAUAUUCAUUUUCCCUUUACAUUGUUGUUAUUAUUCUAAUAAUUAAUAUAAGUAUUGCAAAAAUAAAUAAAAAACCCACAUAUACACACAUAUACACACAUAUACACACAUUUGGGUGAUUUUAUUUAUUAUGGAUCACAUGCACAGCAUGCAAGUGCAAAAAAAAGGGAACGUGACAUGAUAUUUCUACACCUCCUCUCUUAUUUUAAACACCUCACCCCCCCCCCUCCUCCCCCCAUGAGCUCAGGGUGGUACAGUCCGGUCUCACAGAUUUCAUUCAUAAAAUUGUCGCUUCACUACAGAAGCGCAGGAGCGCCGGAGCUGUGCGGAUUAGUGCCCUGCUGAAUUCCAGCUCAACCCUUUACAACAUUCAAAAACAAGCAAACAACAACCAAAAAACACCUCCUGUAUCAUCAGCACACGUGCUGCAGCCGAUAGUGUAGAAUCACUGUUGCAGGAUUUGAUUGCAUUUUUGUUAUUUUACAAUCAGAAGAUGCCUAAAACCGGGUCCUCGUCUCGCGGCCAGCUGUCUGCCAAGGAGGCGCUCGCGCAGAGCUCCGACGACGGUCCCUUCGUCCCCACGGUCACUGCCAUCGCCACAGCGCCUGAUCUGAAGUGGAUGGUCUUGUCCACUGACAUUUCAUCAGUCGAUCCCUGCAGCGAAGACAAGCAGAAGAAGACACACACACCUCAGAAGAAAGCACACACACCUCAGAAGAAGACACACACCCCUCAGAUGAAGAGAGAACCCGAGACGGGUCCCGGGUUCUCAGUGGGCCGGAGGAAAGCACAGAAAGAGCAGCUGUCUCCAGAGGAGGAGGAGAGGAGGAGACUCCGGAGAGAGAGAAACAAACUCGCAGCCGCAAAGUGCAGAAACCGCCGACGCCAACUGACCGACAGUCUGCAGGCCGAGACAGACAGUCUGGAGGAGGAGAAAGCUGCUCUGGAGGCUGAGAUCAGCGGUCUGAUGAAGGAGAAAGAGCAGCUGGAGCUUCUGCUUAUGUCCCACAAACCACACUGCAAAAUCCCCACUGAGGUGGAGGGAGAGGAGAAAAAAGAGGAAGAAGAGAAAGAGGAAAAGGAAGUUUCUGACGAAACAACUCAGAAAAAGUCUCCGGUUCUCCAUGUCACAUCGGCUUCGACCUCUUCUGUGAAUCUCGAGAAGAUGGCCGCCUCUCCUGUUCCUCUCCACCAGGAGCCCGUGAUCUCAGGAGAUUCAGACGUGCUGCUGUGCUCCAGCGCCGAGUUGGAGCCCUACAUCGACAUCAAGGACGUGGCCAUGGAGGAGCUUGGAUCCAAAAUGGAGUACGAUGACGAUGACAUGGACCUGCUGGUGCCCGACAUCGACCUGAGCGCCUCUCUGGGCCUGAGCGAGUGGGAGACGCUCUACAUGAGCAUGGGAGGAAGUCUAGAGCCUCUGACGUUCGAUUUCACUCAGGCUGAGGAGUGCGAGGGCGGGAAAAUGAAACCUGCAGCCGAAAACUCCACCCUGCUGACGUUAUGAAGAUCUGAGCUGAAGAAGAGACGAGAUUUAUAUACAGCGUGACAAAAGAUUUACUUAUUUCUCUAAUCUCAUUCAACCACUCUCCACCCAAACAUACUAACCCCCAAUCAAAAUACCCUAAUCACCACCCAAAAUACCCUAAUCUCCACCCAAAAUACCCUAAUCACCACCCAAAAUACCCUAAUCGCCACCCAAAAUACCCUAAUCUCCACCCAAAAUACCCUAAUCACCACCCAAAAUACCCUAAUCUCCACCCAAAAUACCCUAAUCACCACCCAAAAUACCCUAAUCACCACCCAAAAUACCCUAAUCGCCACCCAAAAUACCCUAAUCUCCACCCAAAAUACCCUAAUCUCCACCCAAACAUACUAACCCCCAAUCAAAAUACCCUAAUCACCACCCAAAAUACCCUAAUCUCCACCCAAAAUACCCUAAUCUCCACCCAAAAUACCCUAAUCACCACCCAAAAUACCCUAAUCUCCACCCAAAAUACCCUAAUCGCCACCCAAAAUACCCUAAUCUCCACCCAAAAUACCCUAAUCACCACCCAAAAUACCAUAAUCUCCACCCAAAAUACCCUAAUCUCCACCGAAAAAUAACCUAAUCUCCACCCAAAAUACCCUAAUCACCACCCAAAAUACCCUAAUCUCCACCCAAAAUACCCUAAUCACCACCCAAAAUACCCUAAUCACCACCCAAAAUACUCUAAUCUCCACAUAAAAUACCCUAAUCUCCACCCAAAAUACCCUAAUCUCCACCCAAAAUACCCUAAUCUCCAUGAAAACCUACAGAUCCAAACCAAAAUACCCUAAUCUCCAAUUAAAAACAUCCUAAUCUCCAACAAAAUACCACGCAUCCCACCCAAAAUACCCUAAUCUCCACCUAAAUUACCCUAAUGUCCACCAAAUAUAUCCUAAUCUCCACCCAACUUGUAAUCUCUGCCAAAAUACCUUAAUCUCCACUAAUAUGGCCUAAUCUCCAGCCAAAAAAUACUUUAAAAUCCACCAAAGUGGCAUAAAAGCCAAUCAAAAUGUGCCAAUAACUCGAAAUACCCCAAUCUCCACCCACAUACACUAAUGUAUGUCUAAAACACUCAAAUCUACUCCCAGAUUGCCUAAUCUCUUAAACUCUACCCAAAUAACCCUAACCUCCACCAAAAAUACCCUAAUCCCCACUGUAAAUUCCUUAAUCACCCAUUAGGUUUUACAUUUUACAUUUACAAUGUAAAUGUAAAAUUUAAUUUCCUUCCAAAAUGAGCACCCAAAUAUCAUAAUCUCUACCCAGAAUACCCUAAAAUGCCCUAAUCUCCACUCAAAUAUCAUAGUUUCCACCCAAAACACUCCAAAUACUGCUACUGUCUCCAGCCAAAAUACCCUAAUCUCCAAAAAUAUACCCUAAUCUCCACUCAAAACACUCUAAUCUCCACUCAAAACACUCUAAUCUCCAUAUCCUAAUGUCCACCAAAAUUAUCCUAAUCUCCACCCAAUUUCUAAUCUCUGCCAAAAUACCUUAAUCUCCACUAAUAUGGCUUAAUCUCCACCCAAAAUACUCUAAAAUCCACCAAAGUGGCCUAAAAGCCAACCAAAAUGUGCCAAUAACCCAAGUUACCCUAAUCUCCACCCAAAACGCUACAAAUUCCACUCAAAUACCAUAAUCUCCACUCAAAUACCAUAAUCUUCACUGAAAUACCUUGAUGUCUACCCAAAAAUACUGCAAUUUCCAAACAAAAAAUCUUAAUCUGCUCCCAAAAUACGCCAAUCUCCAACUACAAAACCACCCCAAAUGCCAUACUUUCCACCAUGUUAGCAUUAUAUACACGUAAAAUCCAGUCUAAUAACGUUCUGAACCUUAACUACUCUAAUCUAUACCGGGAAGUACCCAGAUCUCCACCCUAAACAGACUAAAUCAUCCCACUUUCACUGAUACUUUACCCAAAUGCCCUAAUCCCCACCCACAGCCAACUAAUAUACCACAAUUUUCACUUCAAAUGGCAUAAUUUAGCCUAAUCACUAACCCACUGGUCUAAUUUUAACCCCUAACAUUCACCCAAAAUGCCACACGGGGCAGUUCUUCACUCUGAUCUCCAGCUGAAUUCUCGGAGUGAAGGGGAUUUUAGAGAGCGGAGGAGGCUCGGCACUUCUGCUCUCCUGGCGUCUUGCCUCUUUUGGGCCUCUGAGCUUUUAACUAUUAUUAUUAUUAUUAUUAUUAUUAUUAUUAAUAUUAACCGUCAAUAGCUGAACCUCUGAUUUUCUAAAAAUAAAUAAAUAAUAAACAGAAAGAAUAGAAUUAUUACUACACAAAGACAUGAACAGUGAUGUGUCGCUGCAUGGCCGUCUUGAUGUGAUGCACUUUUAGAAACUUUACUGUGGAGGUCAUUGAACUCUGAAACACCGUUUUGUCUGUGUAAGGUGAAUAAUAUCUAAGAGCUAUUCAACAUUUUUAAAAAAAAAUAAAACCCCUCAGAAAUGGUUGUUUAGAGAAAGCAGUUUAUAUCAGACGUUACCGAUGGUGUAGCGUUCGGCGAGGUUUGUUUUGUAAGAGCAUUUCUUCCAGAUUGUGCUGUAUGAUAUUUAUCGUAUAUGAGGCUCGUUUAUGCACUUUUGUACUACGUCACUUUCCAUCCAUGUCGGUGUUGAUCUCGUGCUUUAACCUACACCAGGGCUGAUGAUAUAACAAUAUGUAUUGUUGUACAAGAUAUGAAAUUAGGUAUCGUCAGGAAAUUUUGAAUAUUGUAACGUCAGAAAUAUCAUGUUCCUGGCCUUCGAUGAUGCAUUGCAUGAUAACGACCCAAUGAUCCAUUAAUGUACUGGAUUUAAAAAAAAAGGCUUUAAUCUUAACGAUCAUUCACUGGAGAAUGAAGAGCACAACAUCACAAAGUGUCAUCAUCCUGCUAAUCCGUGUGUAACAGUGUGAAACUGUUCUUUUCACAGUGUUAUGAAUAUUGUGAUGAAUAUCUUUAUUGUCAGAAAGUUGUACCUGGAUGUGUUGUUUGUGAUAUAAGUGUGUUGUUGUUAUUGUUGUUGUUGUUCUUCUCAUGUGCCAUAACUCAGUAUGCUUUUUGGUUGGGUUUUAUAUUUUUAUUACCUCAAAUUAUGCCAUGUUUGCAGAUGUGCAAAAAAUAAAUAAAUACAUAUAAUAAUAUUAAGGAAUAAUAAGAAGUGAACUGGAUGGUGGAAAUGACUUUAAUGCAAAAUGUGGGUAUGAUAUUAGCAUGUUAGCAUGGUGCUAUCUCCAGCACUAGCACUAGCAUUAGCAGUAAUAUAUAUUAUAUGAGUAUAAUUGUAUAAUCUGAUGAGUAUAAUUCAUUAUUUUCUGCACAUAUUCCGACUCCAUUUUCAGCCUCACCGCAGCCCACAAGCUACACGGAACCUGUCCGUGCGCGCGCGUGCGUGCGUGCGUCUGACGUAAACGCCUUGCAUCACCACGUAAACGCGCGUCUCUCGUUCUCACCGCUGCUCUUUACUUCCGUGACCAUAUAUAGAAGCGGCUCGCUGUUUUGUUGCCAUGGUGACGCAGGGGCGGGCGCUGGGACAGGCUCUUCCGGGAAAAACACAACAACAGAAGCAAAGCCGAGAAACUAGCUCUGCUUUUGUUUACACUGAAACAAAUUUCUGGUUUUUUUUUUUUGCUUUUAAGAUUUAAAAUGUAUAUUUUAUAACACUGAAGUGUAUAAUAUAAUAGCUAUAUUAUAUGAAAUAACACCAAAGAAAAGAGAAAGUAAAGAAAAAGUAUGAAUUUUGUUGUGCAAGCUACAUCUCUGUGCAUACCAUACCAUAGAAAUUAUAUUUAUACUUUACAUUAUUUAUUAUUAUGUCAAAUAUCAAACCAAAAUGAUGAUGAUGAUGAGUAAAAUUAAUGAUAGCAUAAAUAUCAUUAAUGUCAAGGUCAAGAAUAUAACAGAAUAAUUCACUAUA